CGGAACAACACGUCGGGCGAUUGCGUAAAAUCGAUAGAGGGCUGGGUUGUGUGGGUGUUGUGUUUGGUGUGUUCUGUUUAACAUGUGAAGCUUGUUUGGUUUGUUAUGCCAGACUGGUAGACAACAGUGCGAGUGCGAGUUCAAGGUGUGCAGCAUGGAGCAAGAAACAGUUUACGAUUCGAAUGACGACUCACACGUCGUGAUGUGUGAAAAGGUUCAAUCUCUAGCAGGGAGUGUCUACCAGGAACUAGAACGCAUGAUCGCAAAAUAUGAUGAAGAUGUAGUGAAAAAUCUCAUGCCACUGGUCGUGAACAUUUUGGAGAGCUUAGAUUUCUCCUGCACUGAAAAUCAAGAGCAUGAGGUUGAGUUAGAGCUUCUGCGUGAAGAUAAUGAACAGCUAGUAACACAAUAUGAGCGAGAAAAACAGCUGCGCAGGGCAUCAGAACAGAAACUUUUUGAGCUUGAAGACCACAAUGAAGAACAACUCAAGAAUUCCAUGUCCAAAAUUGAGAGCCUGGAAUCCAUUGUCAGGAUGUUUGAACUCAAGACCAGAAAUGCCUCUGACCAUGUGUCGCGGCUGGAGGAGAAGGAGGACACGAUGCGGAAGGAGUACGCCAAACUGCACGACCGCUACACGGAGCUGUUCAAGACGCACAUGGACUACAUGGAGCGCACCAAGAUCUUGAUGGGUACCGACCGGCUGGACCAGAUGAGCCUGAUGCGCACCAAGCUGCCGCUGGCGGGCGGGCAGAACUCCGCCAUGGCCAGGUCCGCCGGGCCGCUGUCCUUCGCGCUGCAGUCGCUGGACUCGCGGCCGGCCGCCGCCUCCGUGACGAACCAGGCCACAGACGGUGGCGCCCCUGGCGGCCAGAACGACAACCACGGGCCGGGCAGCCUGCAGGCUGAGCUCGAGGUAACUGACGCCGAGACGGCCACGGACCGACAGCAUACGGCGGAAAAAGGUCAGACCACCGAAGUUUCCAUGGCAACGCAUGACCAGCCGGCCUCUCCGCCAAAAGCCACUGCGGCCAGCGUCUGGGACCGGGAGAUGUCGAUGGAUGACGUCACGCCCGAUCACGAGGACGGGCCGGCCGACUUCAAGCCGCCGGCCGCCACCAACACCACCACUAAGAGCGAGCACCGGUCCGCGAACAACCUGUACCAAGAGCUCAGCUUCCAGGACGCCGUGCUGGAGGCGGACGACGGCGCUGACAUCACAGGAGGAUGGGUCCACCCCGGCGAGUACGCGUCGUCAGACUCCGAAGAGGACGAGGGCACCAGCCUGCCGCCAACGGCCGCACAGAAGCAUGCCAGCGAUAAUUUCUUUGGUAUGGGCCGGGAGGUGGAGAACCUGAUCAUGGAAAACAACGAGCUUUUGGCUACGAAGAACGCGCUGAACAUUGUCAAAGACGACCUUAUUGCCAAAGUGGACGAACUGACCGGGGAGCAGGAGAUCCUGCGCGAGGAGGUCAAGUCGCAGCAGGCCGUGCGCUCGCGGCUCCAGCUGCGCGUGCAGGAGCUGGAGGAUGAGCUGAAGCGCCACAAGGAAGAGGUCGAGAAGGCCAGCAAGGAGACCACCGAGGAGGACGACAUCCCGAUGGCGCAGCGCAAGCGGUUCACACGCGUGGAGAUGGCGCGCGUGCUGAUGGAGCGUAACCAAUACAAGGAGCGCUUCAUGGAGCUGCAGGAGGCGGUCAGGUGGACGGAGAUGAUUCGGGCCAGCAGGAACGAUCCCAACAUGGACAAGAAGAGCAAACAGGGCAUUUGGAAAUUCUUCAGUAACCUGUUCAGCUCUUCGGAGCCGCGGCCAUCCAGCCGCGUGCUGCCACACGGCAACAUCCAGUACGACGCGCCGUCGAGCUCGGUCAGCCCGGCCGAGCCGAGCCGGCGCCGCGCCGGCGGUCAGGAGCGCAGACGCGGCAUCGACUUCCUCGACACGGACAUCUCGUCGGAGAAGCUGCAGCAGCGGCGCGCCACCGAGCGGCGCGAGCAGUACAAGCAGGUGCGCGCCCACGUCAAGAAGGACGACGGCCGCAUGCAGGCGUACGGCUGGUCGCUGCCCGCCAAGGUCCCCGGCGCGCUGCCCAGCGCCAGCGUGUCCGGCAAGAGCGAGAGUCACAAGUCCUCGCACGUGCCGGUGCCCGUGCCUGUCUACUGCCGGCCCCUCAUGGAGAAGGAGCAGGGCAUGAAGAUCUGGUGCGCGGCCGGCGUGAACCUGAGCGGCGGCCGGACCCGCGACGGCGGCAGCGUGGUCGGCGCGUCCGUGUUCUACUCAGCCACCGCCGAGCCCGGCUCGCCGGGCGACGGCGACGAGGUGGAGCGGCUCAGCAGGCAGCUCAAGGUCAGGGCGCGGGCAGGGUCAGCGGUCAGCCGGCAAACAGGAGCAGCAGAGAUCCGCACCGCCAGCGAGACGCCGGAGCGCAACCUGUCGUCGCUCGUCUGGAUCUGCACGAGCACGCAUAAACGCCAGCAAGGCGCCAAGGAGUCCGACUACGGCGUGGUGGGCGAGCUGGCAGGGCUGGCGACCGAGGAGGAGGCGGCGGCGGCGCUGAUCCUGGAGGCGCCGCCGGCGCUGAAGGAGACCCGGCAGCCUGCCGGACGUCCGGCGUCUGCCGAUGCCGAGAGCGCGGGCCAGGUGUAG